AUUCACAGAUGUUGUUGAAGUGUUCCAUCGGUCACCACUUGGAGCAGCAGUUGUCAAAGACUGAUAAACCUGAUCUAUCAUUAUUCACAAUGGAAAAAUACGAAGCGAUCACAAAAUACAAAACUGCGUACUACACAUUCCAAAUGCCAGUGGGGCUGGCUCUACUGAUGUCGGGAAUCGAUGACCCGGAAACACACAGACAAGCGAAGAACAUCCUUUUGGAAAUGGGCGAAUUCUUCCAAAUUCAGGAUGAUUUCUUAGACUGCUUUGGCGACCCAGCGGUGAUAGGCAAAGAUGGCUGUGAUAUUCAAGAGGGAAAAUGUACGUGGCUUGCCGUCGUUGCAUUACAAAGGGCAACACUGGAGCAACGGCAGAUAAUGGAAGAACACUACGGCAGUUCUAAACCUGAAGAUGUUGCCAGAAUUAAAGAUUUAUAUGAAGA